AUGGCGAGCGGAAACGAAUCUUUUAGCGCCCGCGCCGGCAGCUUCGAUAAACUUCACGAAGACGGCAUGGAUGUCCUGCGGGAUGCAAAAGCCCGAGUGGAAUCCCACGAUGCCGACCAGGAAGCGAGAAACCGCAGGGUAGCACAGCUGAUGAUCGAUCAAACGGCCAUGCCAAUGACCGUCAACGAAGUCAACAUUCUCGGCGGUAACAAUAUUCGACGCCCCUUUCUCAACCCAAUUGUCCAGCCACUUCUAGCCGAUCAACCCGGCGCGCCAUCCACAGUAGGAGAGGUGCUUGCAAAGCUACAGGACGCAAGCGGCAAGCUGAGUGCACUACAAAUACUUCGGGAGCCCCCCGAGGUCUUCCUCCAGCAGUCCGACCCGACAGACGCUUCCUCGAACCCGACCGAUGUCAACGUCUCCUUCUCCCUCAAGGAGCUGCCACGCUUCAAACUGCAGACGGGCACCGAUGUCGGCAACGGCGAAGGCUCCGCGUACGGCUCCCUGCUGUGGCGCAACGUAUUUGGCGGCGCCGAGAUGCUGACGCUAAACGCGCGGUCCGGCACGCGCACGCGCUCCGCCUACAGCGCAACCCUCGCCGCCCCGGUGCGCAGCGACCCCGGCAUGCGUGUCUCGCUCGAGGCGCUCGCGUCUGCCGCCGAGAAGCCGUGGGCGUCGCACGAGGAGGUCCUCAAGGGUGGCUCGCUGUCGCUCUUCUGGCUCAGUGGCGGCAGUGGCGGCGCGCAGCAACAGCAGCAACGGGACAGCCACACGCUCGAGUACUCGGGUCUCUGGCGGCAGGUGACGGGUCUGGGCCGCGGCGCAAGCGCUACGGUCCGGGAGGACGCCGGCGACUCCGUCAAGAGCGCGCUCAAGCACACGUUCCUCCGCGACCGUCGCGACAACCCGCAGCUGCCCCAGAGCGGCUACAUGGUGCGAUCGCGGUUCGAGCUCGCGGGCGUCGGGCCGCUGGGCGGCGACGUGGCCUUUUCCAAGAGCGAGCUGGAGCUCGGCGGCGCACUACCCGUGCCGCUCCCCGGGACGUCGCAGAAGUCCGGCAUCUCCAUCGGCGGCGGGUUCCGCAUGGGUAUGCUGUGGCCGCUGCCGCUGGGCCUGGACUUCAACGGCAAGGCGCAACCGAGCCGCAUCAACGACCGCUUCCAGCUCGGUGGUCCCGCUGACGUGCGCGGCUUCCAGCUUGGCGGCCUAGGCCCCCACGACGGCAAGGACUCGGUCGGUGGUGAUCUGUUCGCCGCCGGCAGCGUCAACAUGCUCCUGCCGCUGCCCUACAAGGGCCCCGAGUCGGGCCUGCGCUUCCAGCUGUUCGCCAACGGUGGUCGCCUGGUAGCGCUCAAGAACCCGAGCAGAUCCAAGAGCAACGGCGAGGGCGCCGCCGCCGCCGCCUCAUCUGGCCUGAGCCCUGCGGCUGUCCGAGAAGGCAUGCUGAAUGCCGUCGGGAGCUUGCUAAACGGGGCUCCAAGCGCCGCAGCUGGUGUCGGUCUGGUCUACGCACACCCCGUAGCUCGGUUCGAGCUCAACUUCAGCCUGCCUCUGGUAAUACGAAGGGGCGAGGUUGGCACCAAGGGACUGCAAUUGGGCGUUGGCAUCAACCUCCUGUAA